CGGCUAUAAGUAAAAAAGCGCAUUCUUGAUAACGACUAUAAUGGUGUAUGAAUACUUAAUAUAUGGCCGGUAAUAGCAAGCGAAUAAUAAAACAUACCUACCUGUAGCUAAUUACCUAUAAUAUGAACCCUCGGUACUUCAUUCCCCAAGAACCGUAUCAUGCGAUUCCCCUCAUAUGCACCUACACGCCGCCGUACGUAUAUUUUCGCCCAACGAGCAAAUCCCGGAACCCGACAUCAGAGCCCGAAGCGAUGGAAUACUACAGCUCCUCAUGCUCGUCGCCAGGAGGAGGAGAAAAAACACCACACUGAAGGAAUUUCUUUCUGUUUUCUUUUUUCCUUUUUUUUCCUUUUUUUUUUUUUAAUACCUAGGACCUAGUACCUACCUUCCAUGUUCGAAUAUUCCCCUUCGGAAACUAAAUGCUCCUCGGCCGCCGUAUCCAUGGGCAACAACACCAGCCUAACGCGGAUCGCCGCGUGCCACGCGUCCCCCGUCUUCCUCGACGCGAAGGAGACGACUAAGAAGGCGGUGUCGCUGAUCCAGGAAGCCGCGAGCCACGACGCCAACAUCGUGGUGUUCCCGGAGUCGUACAUCCCGGGGUUCCCCAUCUGGAGCGCGCUGCGCGCGCCGACCGAGAACCAUAGAUUCUUCCGGAAGAUGGCGACGGAGUCGGUGUUCGUGGACGGCGAGGAGGUGGCCGCCGUCCAGGCCGCGGCCAAGCAGCACGGCGUGGUCGUCAGCCUCGGGUUCUCGGAGAAGGUGCGGUACAGCAGCGCCACGCUGUUCAACGCCAACGUGCUGGUCGGCGCCGACGGCCGCAUCCUCGUCCACCACCGCAAGCUCGUGCCCACCUUCUACGAGAAGCUGACGUGGGCGCCGGGCGACGGGCACGGCCUGGCGGUCGCCGAGACGCCCUUCGGGAAGGUCGGCGCGCUCAUCUGCGGCGAGAACACUAACCCCCUCGCGCUGUACACCAUGACCGCCCAGGGCGAGCAGAUCCACGUCAGCACGUGGCCCGCCGUCUGGCCCACGCGGCCGCCGUACGGCGAUCCGCCGGACCUUGAUAUCCUGAAUAUCGCCAGCAGCAGCAAGCGGGACACGAGGGCGUCGCGCGGCGCGGGCUACGACAACGUCGGGGCGAACCGGACGCGGGCCGCGGCGCACUGCUUCGAAGCGAAAUGCUUCGGGGUGCUCUGCGCGGGGGCCCUGAGCGAAGACGCCGCGGCGCUGGCCUCGUUCGGCUCCAGCGACCCGGACGCGGUGGCGCAGUGGCUAUUAAGCUUGCCUAGGGGCGCAACCAUGUUUCUCGACACGACGGGGACGUUGCUUCCCGGGUUUACCUUUGCCAGCAGCGAUUCGGAGAAAUGCGUGACGGAAUUCCUCCAAAAGGAUGAGGGGAUCCUGUAUGCCGACGUUGAUUUGGACGAUUGUAUAGAAGGGAAGCAGUAUCACGAUCUGGCGGGUGGUUAUCAAAGGCUAGAUGUGUUUGAACUGAAAGUCGAUAGGACGCGGAGAGAGCCGGUUACGUUUAAAUAAGGGGUAAUCAGGGGCUUCGUGAAACCAGUCAGCUAAGUUGUAAAAUGCGUACUUCAUCUAAUAUUAUAGGUUAGAUAUUCAACCUACCUCAGAUCCUCGAAAUAAUAUAUGGUGUGUUUAUACAAAGUCACAAAAAAGGGGGAUACCUGCGAUAUACUUUUUGAAUGUUGAUUCACGCUGACUAUGAAGUCAUGAGGCAGCCUUGGCAGCCUCCUUCUCAGCGGCCUUUGCCGCCUUCUUCGCAGCUAUCUGUUUCUCCUUUUCUAUUUUCUU